GUUGAUCAUUGCUAGACUUGGUACAUGUGUAACGUAACAUAACCUGAUGCCACACACCGGACCACACCACCAGACGACAGUCCAUACGAACAAGAUAUCGCAAAAAAUUAAACAAAAAAAUUAUAACUAAACUUUUGUCAUUUUUUUCCUUACAAUGGAGGCGGGAAGCAGCAGCUUGCAAACCCAGAACACCACAACAAAACCUGACGGAUCUGAAAUUGAACAAAAAAUUAUAUCUCUGGCACAAGCAAGACCUAAAGGCAUUUCUGACAAGGAUUUAGCUAAUGAGAUGCCUGAUUUGUCACCAGCACAAAGAGCUCAAGUUAUAAACAAUCUUCUAUCUCAGGGAUACUUCGAUCUCUUCAAGCAACGUGGAUCAUUGGUUUAUCGUUUGAAAGAUCCAACAAAAGUUGCCAAAGGUGCUGAUAACGAAGAAAAAAUAGUGUACAAAAUUAUUGAAGAGGCUGGAAACAAAGGAAUAUGGAUUAGGGACAUAAGACAAAAGUCUAAUUUUAUAAGUGAAACUCAGUUAAAAAAAACUCUGAAAAGCUUGGAAACCAAGAAGUUCAUUAAAGAGGUCAAAUCUGUAGCAGCGAGCAAGAAAAAAGUGUACAUGCUGUACAAUUUAGAACCAGAUGAGUCUAUAUCUGGCGGCGCGUGGUACGGUCAGGAUCAGGACUUUGAGUCUGAAUUUGUUGAGGUUUUGAAUCAGCAAUGCUAUCGAUUUUUGGAACAAAAAAGAGACAAAAUGAAAAAUUGCAGUGAUCCUCUCGCUGCGAGGAACGCAACAUUUGCUUCAUCCAAGGAAGUGUUGAAGUUUAUUUCGGAUUUAGGAAUAAGCAAGGUGGCGUUGAGAGUCGAUAAUAUGGAGAUGAUUUUAAAUACUUUGGUUUAUGAUGGUAAGGUUGAGCGAAUACUUUCGGGAGAUGGAAAUUAUUUGUACAGAGUAAUUCAACCUUUAAUGACCUCACCUGGAUUGAUUAGGACACCUUGUGGCCUGUGCCCGGUAAGAAGGCACUGUCAUGACAAUGGACCUGUUACACCUAUUAAAUGUCAAUAUAUCAGAGAAUGGCUGAAUUAGAUAUUUGUAAAAAUUAUCUUCUACGAAAGUAUCUUUUCCUUACUCGCACUCAUUUUUUUAAUAAAAAAUUCCAUUAAAAGACUGAUAAAUAAAAUUUAGAGAAU